AUGUACAGAUAUGCACUUGAUGGCGAAUAUCGAAGGGUGUUUGAGAACAUUGCAAUUUACUGUGCAAAAUUCACUGAUCUUAUUCCGGUGUCAUUAUCUUCGGGAUUCCUAUGUUGCCAUCUGUCGUCACACGGUGGUGGGAGCAGUUUGUCGACAUUCCAUGGGCCAGACAAGAAGCUAUCGGAUGCUGUAAUCGGGUUCCUUACGGAGAAUGAGAGGAAGCUGAUGGAUGAUACACCAUGCCGACAUGGAACAAAUGGUGGUUCCCAUGGCCACUGGUUUAGCUGUCUUCUCUUCCCAAGCACCUGCAGAGAGGUCGAAUCAAAGGACACAUACAUACUAAAGCAAUUAUGGACGUACGCAGAUGCACUUAUUCCGUGGAAACUGUGGACAUUGCUGUUCAGCUAUGAUUGGGUUGUGACACUGGCAGUGUACAUAUUUUUCCUGGCAACCCUGAUGGGAAGGCAGUUCCUUGACCCUGACAUACAAGCUUCUCGCCAUGCUGUUGACCUCUACAUACCCGUGUUUACAUUCAUGCAGUUCUUUUUCUACAUGGGGUGGCUAAAGGUAGCAGAGCAACUGAUCAACCCCUUUGGAGAAGACGAUGAUGACUUUGACAUGAACUGGAUCAUUGACAGAAAUUUCCAGGUGAGCUUUGUGCUGAUAGUGCAUAUGCAGGAGUCCGUGUGA